CGCCGGAUCGUCGCGUCGUGCACGUGCGCGCUUUUAACAUAUUGAUGUAUGUUGAUACGUAGUGCGGGCGUGCGUGCUCCGUUGAUGCUGGAUUCCUUUUUGUAUAUUAUUUCUGCGCGACUACACUGGCUACACGAUUUUUUUCCUCCCCCUUUUUUUUUUUAAUGAUCGAUCGAAGGUGUUCCGAGAAGAAAGUAUGAUCGAGUGCAAUUGGCCGAUUUCUGGGCAGUCGAUGGAAUUUGCUUGGUGCUCGUGAACGAGCGUGUUGUACGAUUAUUGUUCGUGCGUGUCGUCGACGAGGGAGCUAAGCAGGAGCGCACCGGCCGCGAAAAUGGUGAACGGCGCCAGCGGCGCUCCAGAGGAGAAUGGCCACGACGUUUGUGGGGCCAACGAGAGCCCGAAGGAGCGUAACGCGUCGACGGUGGAGGUGAACGGGAACGGGGGUGAUGGUGGAGGUGGAGACCAAAGUGCCAGCUCGAAGCCAAAAACGACCACGAUUGGCACGAUUGCCCUUCAGAGCGGAGGCACGAGGCUCGUCAUUGCUCUUCUCGAAAGCGGAGACUUGCUGCGUCUAAAAAUUUUAGAUAUACAACCAGAACUAACGAAAUUGGGUUCUUCACCACAAGAGGCAACGAAACUUUUGGAUGCUCACAAUGAAGUACUCAUUCGUCUGCAGAGCAAACAAAGUCCGGUCGAAGAAUUACUCAAACAGGCUGAUCAAGUCAUAUCGACGCAAAAACCAAAGGCUGAAGUGUACAAAGCAAUGGCCGAAACUCUUGCCAGUGCCUGGAAAGAUGUGAACGAUUUGUUGGAACGGCGAAAACAAAUUUUAGAGCGAAAUGUUUACUUUCAAUGUCGAGCGUCAGAGUGCAGAGAAAGUAUGCAGACGUUGGAGAUGGCUUGCAACGACACAUUAUUACCGAUCGAAAUUGAAGCUGUAAAAAAUGUAUUGAAAAAAAUUCACGAAUUGAGGAAAACGAUGCUGGAAAAUUUAAUGUGUGCUCUGAAAAAUGGCAAAGAAUUGUUGGACGAUAUUCGUGAAAUCGUUAAAGAAGGAACGCUUGAUUCCAGGCCUGACAGAAUAAAGACCGAUGCUGAAAGUGCGAUGCACAAGGUAGAGGCUUGGCUGGAGGAGCUGCACGACAAGCGCCGGCUGAUCGAGUUAUCGUUCCGCAGCCGUAAGACCCAACUCGAGCAGUGCUUGGCUCUGGCGCUUCUGGCCACUGAUCUCCGGGAGCUCGAGGACAUCCUCACCGUUCGUGCAAACGCGCUGUCCAGCAGCAGCAACCAUCUCGGCGACUCGACGGCUAGUGCCGAGAUCCUUUACUACGAGCUCCAAAAGUUACAGAUUGAGGCUAAGGACUUCCAGGACAGGGCUAUCAAAAUAACGAAACAGACGGAGCAGCUGGUGUCUUCGGGCCAUUUUGCAGGAGAACAGGCAACCGAGCAGGCCUACGCGGUCCUCAGCGUCGCCGCGGAUUACGUAAACGAUCUCGACCAGUACGAGUUGUUGCUGAAUCGCGCCCUUGCCUUUUUCGAGAGCGCGCGAAAGGCAUUCACCAAACUCGAUCAGCUUGAGAUCCAGCUGGCAACAACGGAGCAUCCGUCACGUUCUUCAGGACUCGCACGACUUCACGCAGAGUCGGCCAAGACCUUGGAAGACGUAACAGUCGCACCUAUCGCUGAGGGUCACGCCCUUCUGGAAACCACGGGUAGAGAAGCACCUGGCAGCGAGGGACUGAGACGCACAGUUGAGGAUAUCGAAGACAGAAAAAUCCGACUGCUCGAACGCUGCACAGCUCAUCGAGAAGAGAAUGUGAGAGUCUCACGUUGUCUCAGCGAUUUUCUGGAUAAAUUCGAAGAGUUAUCAAAUUGGCUCUCCGACACCAUUGAGAGUUUCUUGAGGAGACAUCAGGAUAUGGGCAGUGAUUCAUCGGCAGCUAGAGAUUUUUCCAGGCUCCACGUGGAAUUAUUGGAAGAGCUAGAUAAACGCGCAGAGGAAGUUUAUCAGCUCGAUCGCAAAGUCGUACCUAGUGAAGUUCUGGAACACUUACAAGAAUCCGAGAGGGCUGACGUGUUCGAUAAAAUCGAGGCUCUGAGAAGUUCUUGGAUCAUGUCACGAAACGCAUUACAAGCCAGGCUGCAGCUGGCAGCGAUGUACGUUGACUUCCAUGAAUCCGCAACUGAUCUUGAAAACGAGUUGGACGAGAUAGAAGUAGAUUUGAAGAGCAACAUCGAUGACAUGAGCGACGACAGGAUGAAAGAGUUGGAGAGGAAGUGGUCCACGUUGCAGCCUCGUUACUCGAAUCUCACUUGUACCGGGAAAAAGUUCCUGGAUGAAAGUGCAAAGAUUGUCGAUUCUUAUCUCUACCUACCGCAAGCAUGUCAAUGCAUAGAAUCAAUCAUUGAGAAGUUCAAAAAUCGUCAGUUCAACGUUACCCAAAAAUAUGAGAGCUUAAUAACAACGGCCACUAUAAAGAAGGAACUUCGAAUAGAACAAGAAAAGCGACUGGAAGAGAGCACUAGGACGAUACAACGGGUCUCAGAGUUCAAAGAACAAAUUUACCCUGUAAUUACAUGUGAAUCAGCGAAGCCACAAGAUAUUUUUAAAAAUCUUGAAAACUCGAGGGUAAAAAUUCUUCCUGAACUCAGUAAUGCUGUUACUGAACUGAAUGCUAAAAUGAAGAGCAUAGAGGGUUUUGGUUUGAAAGACGACCAAUUUAGUGUAGGAAUCAAGAAAAAAUUAACUCAAGUCUCUGAAAGACUCCAAUCGACUGCAUCAGAUUACAAAAGUCUCCUCGAUGAUCUCAUCUCUGUAUUUGAGAAACUUUCGCAGGUAGAAAAUGAAAUAGAAACGAAGCGUAAAAGUGACGAGUCCUCGCCCACUCUUAACAAAGAGUCGCUCCACGAGGUACGUACACUUUUGGAGCGUCUCGAAUCAUUCAGCAAAUCGAUCGCUGAAGUGUUCAAACGAGCCAAGCAGGAGUCUGAAAAAGCCAUCACCAAAAUCCAGAAACUAGAACCCCCUGAGGCAGCUCGUCAGGACAUCGAGAAACUCCACCAAGGAUUUAGGAUCACUGUUGAUCAUUGGAAUUCCUUUUCAACAUCGACGAGAACGAGACUGCAGGAGAGGUUGGACUUUUGUCUAUUUGGAGACGAUUUGGACAAGAUCAAUGCUGAGCUUCGAGACUUGGCAGAUCAACUAGGAACCAUUACAAGCUGGGUUGGUGAGAGUCUUAACUCCGCAAGAGGAGCAUCUGAGGCUUUUGUUCAAUUUGAAAAAACUUUGGACAUUCUUGAACGAAGAAUUAUGGAAUUCACUCGAGAUACUAAAGUAUCUGUUGGUAAACACUUGCCAAAGAUUCAGAAUGAACUUUGCAGUUUGAACGAUAAACUACAAACAUUGAAAAAGCUCACCGAUGACACAAGAAAAAAGAUCGACUCAAGUAUCGAGUACUUCGAACUACUCGAGAAAACCAAGGAAUGGUUUAAAGAGGGUAGUAAGUUGUUAAUCGCUGUCGCAAGAAAAGCUACUUCCGUUAAGAGUCCCGAAGAUGCUACACGACUUUUACAAGACAUUAAUGAUUUUCUAAAACCCGGCGAGGAAAACCAGGAGCGGCGAAUUGAAAAAAUACGAGAGCUAUCGACGAAAGUGUUUGGAACACACCGUCUACCUCAAUUUAACGACGUUGUUGUCGAGAAUCGCGAAAUGUUGGAUUCGUUCGCAGUCAUCUCAUCUGAACUCCGCACACUUGCCGAGAAUUUGCGGAAUGCCGAAGAUUUACGGAAAAAGCUCGAACGUGAGCGCAAAGAAGCUGAUGCUCGGCUGCGAGAAGCCCAAGCCGAAGUCAGUGCAGCUCAAGCUGCCGCGGAGGAAGCCGAGUAUAAGCGCAAGAUUGCUGAGACCAUCACGGCUGAGACGCUCGAGAGAGCAGCCGAGGAAGCAAGAAGGUUGGCUGUAUUGGAAGCUGAGAAGGAGAAUAUUACCAAGGAGAGGCAAAAGGUGGCAAGUUCGUCCGUACAGACCGAGGCUGCAAGUGAAAUCGAUGCUGGAAGCAGUAGAAGCGUUGUUCAAGAGACAAUUACCAAAGAGAUAUUGAAAGAAGUUCACAUAACUUCCAAGUCAGAAAUAGAGGAGAAGCACAUUUUGAGCAUCAAUCAGCAGGAGGAGCAACAGCAUCAACAGCCAAUAAUAGAACAAGCCAACAGCGUGAAAUAUCAGACAAGUAAAACAGCUCAGUCACCACAAGAAAAGCAACAAUCACCACAACCAACGAUACCAUCGUCUUUACCAGAACGUAUCGUUCCAGAGGAGAAAUCCAGAAAACCUGAAUUUACGGCAUUGCUGUACGAUGCAACUGUUCAAGAGGGUGAGAAAUUUACGUUUGAGUGUCGUGUGGUAGGCCAGCCAAAGCCUGAAAUUGACUGGUUCAAAGAUGGCGUUCGUAUUGUCAAUAAUCCGGACUAUCAAAUCGAUUGCAAGGAUGGGCUGUGUACGCUUACUAUAGAGGAAACUUUUGCCGAAGAUUCGGCAAAGUUUAAUUGCAAAGCUACGAAUGAAUCGGGAGUUGCUGAGACUGAAGCUGUCUUGACUGUCAAGGAAACAUCACCAGAAGAACAACUAAGUCCACCAGUAUUUGUCAAAGAAUUGAGUCCUUCACUGGCAAUAGAAGGUUCAGCCCAUCAGUUAGAAUGCAAAGUACAAGGAAAUCCACUGCCUACGGUUCAAUGGUUCAAAAACGAUGUAAAUAUAGAUAACUCACCGGAUUAUGUUACAACAUACAAUAACGGCGAAGCAAUAUUAAAGUUCGAUGAAGUAUAUGUCGAUGAUCAAGGUACCUACACGUGUAAGGCCAGUAACCGCGUCGGGCACGACUCCACUUCGACAUGUCUAAUGGUAGAAACAAUACCUAUGCAACCACAGAGUAAAUACUUACUCAUGGAAAUACCAAGAAUCGUAAGGACUCCAGUGAGCAUAACAGCUUUUACUGGAGAAAAAAUUGUAUUAGAAUGUCUCGCAAGUGGAUCUCCACCUUUUUCAUUUCUCUGGACACGAGAGGGCGAAUUUUUGGACGAAGUACAAUCCAUAACGAUCGAAUCAGACGAAAGGAGCGGCCAGAGUAGACUGGUGCUGCUCGAGGCUGGUCCGGGAGACGCGGGCAGGUACGAAGUGACGGUGCAUAACGCGGCCGGUGAGGCUAGUGCCGGCUGCGACGUCACCAUCAAGGUCAAGCCCUUGCCCUCGGAUACGAGCGACGUCGAGCUUAUUCUUCCUCCUCCUCCUCAACUUCCGGUCGAUGACACUGCACCUCUAGUGCCUGAUACCACGCUAGAGCCAUUAUCGACACAAACGACCACAGAAGCGAAAAUCGAGAAGUCGACGUCAAUUGUAGAUGCGAAAAUUGAACAGUCGACAACGACGACGACUACAACAAGCGUAGUAGAAGAGCCACCUAGCUCUAUCCCGAUGACGACGGUGCCAUCGAAAGUACUUCAGUCUAACAUGGAGCCUAAGGCACCAAGAAUACAGUUGCCACUUAAGGAUUUGAGUAUUGUUGAAGGAAUUAGCACUAGACUCGAUUGCGUCAUCAUUGGACAGCCCGAACCAGAGGUAUCUAUAUAG